AUGCCACGCCGUAGCCGAGGUUGCCAAGCCUGCCGGCAGAGGCGCAUAGGCUGCGAUGGCCAAUAUCCAGUCUGCCACAACUGCCAACAGUGGAAUCGAGAAUGCUCUGGUCCCAUAACGUCGGUCAUCAUCAUUGACCAGACCGCCAAAACUACCAAAAAGCACAGCCGAUCAAGGCAUAAAUUCACGCAGAAACAGGCUAGUCCAUUGUCACAUCUCCGCGUGUCUCAUUCGGCUGUUGAGGCCGUCGCUUUCCAAGCCGCAUUCUUUGCCUUUGCUAUCCCAGAUGCGAGGGCUUCGGUCAAGUCGUUUCUUGAGGAGCUACAAAAGACACGAUUUCAGGAAACGGCGCCUACUCUUGACCUUGCUGUCCGGGCUGUAGGCUUAGCUUUCUGUGCGGCUGUGUCGAGAAACAAAUCAGUGGCUCAGAAGGCAACCGAGUUGUACAUCCAGACGUUGCGAAGGCAUUCCAGGGCAGUCGCGGCAGAUUCAACAUCAUUUGUGCCUAAUGUAUGCACAUCAGUGAUGCUGUCUUUCUUUGAGGCUAUUCAACCCACUAUCAUGACAUCGGAUGCAUAUGGGAUGCAUUUAUCUGGUGCUUGGAGGAUGCUGGUAGCUGCAGGUGAUAUCAGCACGCAACCGCUUUUAUGGCAAGCUGCCAAUCAUUGUCUAUCAAUGCUAAUGUCCCCACGCUCCUACCUACGCAAUGCUUCAGACACCUGGCCUGUGUUUGAAUAUCUUCGUAGCCAGUAUAUCGCAGCCGCAGACUUUGUGUUCGAUCGCCUGCUUGUGGAGCUAUAUAUCUUAACAGACUUUUACAUCAAGAAACGCUACCAGCAUAGUUCAGCCCGCUUUCCAAAAGACGCACCGUCAAAGCUCGACAGCUUGUGGAAAGAGUUUCAGGAAGUCCAAAAAAGCCUAACUAAUGAGCAAAAAGACUCUUUCAAGGGUGUCAUGACCCUCACGCUCUCCUACUUUGCCUGCUCAUGGAUACUCAUUGCACUGCUCCAUAAGGAAACUCAUACUCUUCAAUCUGGAAUAGAUCUCCGUCGAGGCUGCGAAAUGGUAUUGAACUGUGUGAAGCUUCUCAAAGAGAGAAAUUCGACUUGCGUUCAUGUCAGGCUGUUUUUUCCUCUGGUUCUCAUCCAGCUAUACAGCCCUAUCGAGGAUUAUCGCACGCGGGCAAAGGAUUAUAUUGAGACGUGGCUACGUAAGGCUGUGUAUAAUGGUCUUGGUGCAUCCAAUGCUAUACAGAUAACGACAACGGAGGUCUGA